AUGGUCCUGGAGUCUGUGGAGAUGGUCCUAGAGUCUGUGGAGAUGGUCUUAGAGUCUGUGGAGAUGGUCCUGGAGUCUGUGGAGAUGGUCCUAGAGUCUGUGGAGAUGGUCCUGGAGUCUGUGGAGAUGGUCCUGGAGUCUUUGGAGAUGGUCCUGGAGUCUGUGGAGAUGGUCCUAGAGUCUGUGGAGAUGGUCUUAGAGUCUGUGGAGAUGGUCCUGGAGUCUGUGGAGAUGGUCCUGGAGUCUGUGGAGAUGGUCCUGGAGUCUGUGGAGAUGGUCCUAGAGUCUGUGGAGAUGGUCCUGGAGUCUGUGGAGAUGGUCCUAGAGUCUGUGGAGAUGGUCCUGGAGUCUGUGGAGAUGGUCUUAGAGUCUGUGGAGAUGGUCCUGGAGUCUGUGGAGAUGGUCCUGGAGUCUGUGGAGAUGGUCCUGGAGUCUGUGGAGAUGGUCCUAGAGUCUGUGGAGAUGGUCCUGGAGUCUGUGGAGAUGGUCCUGGAGUCUGUGGAGAUGGUCUUAGAGUCUGUGGAGAUGGUCCUGGAGUCUGUGGAGAUGGUCCUGGAGUCUGUGGAGAUGGUCCUAGAGUCUGUGGAGAUGGUCUUAGAGUCUGUGGAGAUGGUCCUGGAGUCUGUGGAGAUGGUCUUAGAGUCUGUGGAGAUGGUCCUUGAGUCUGUGGAGAUGGUCUUAGAGUCUGUGGAGAUGGUCCUGGAGUCUGUGGAGAUGGUCCUGGAGUCUGUGGGGAUGGUCCUAGAGUCUGUGGAGAUGGUCCUGGAGUCUGUGGAGAUGGUCCUAGAGUCUGUGGAGAUGGUCCUGGAGUCUGUGGAGAUGGUCCUGGAGUCUGUGGAGAUGGUCCUAGAGUCUGUGGAGAUGGUCCUAGAGUCUGUGGAGAUGGUCCUGGAGUCUUUGGAGAUGGUCCUGGAGUCUGUGGAGAUGGUCCUGGAGUCUGUGGAGAUGGUCCUAGAGUCUGUGGAGAUGGUCCUGGAGUCUGUGGAGAUGGUCCUAGAGUCUGUGGAGAUGGUCCUGGAGUCUGUGGAGAUGGUCCUAGAGUCUGUGGAGAUGGUCCUGGAGUCUGUGGAGAUGGUCUUAGAGUCUGUGGAGAUGGUCCUGGAGUCUGUGGAGAUGGUCCUGGAGUCUGUGGAGAUGGUCCUGGAGUCUGUGGAGAUGGUCCUAGAGUCUGUGGAGAUGGUCCUGGAGUCUGUGGAGAUGGUCCUGGAGUCUGUGGAGAUGGUCCUGGAGUCUGUGGAGAGGUCCUGGAGUCUGUGGAGAUGGUCUUAG